UUAAAGUAUCCUUCCAACAUCUCGUCGCGAUGAGUACCUCGCCCGUUUCCGACAGUGGCAAACCUCUCUCCAUGGAGCUUCUCUUUAACGUCAAUGACGGACGACGCAGUUUUGGCAUCCCUCCCUUGGCCAACACCGAAACCCCCGACACCGCAUAUCUCGUCAUGCUGAUUGCGAUUGUGGUUGUCGUGGUUGUGGGGGGCGUGGUUAUGUUUCGGCCCAAGCCAGUUCAAGUUCUUUGGCGAGCUCUGGGCUUCCAAGAACCGACGAAACCCAUCAACUUAAACGAAGCCUCGGACGAUGGCCCCCCUCCACCCCCGCCGAACCCCCAGGUCGCACCCCAGGACUUUGAUUUCGACGACACCAAUUGGCACGACGACUCGGGUAUCGAAAUGUGCCAGUCGCCUCCGAGUACCCGUCAGUCUGCCAUCGACAGCUCGCUUCAUGCAUAUGCAACAAUAAAUGUCCACUAGUUUAU